GAACGAACGCAAGACGUUAACUUCCGACUAAAGUUAUUGAAAAAAAUACCAAAUAAAAGGAAUAAAAGUGAAGUGCUAAAUAAAAUAAAAAACAAAAAUAAUACAAUGGCCUGACAAUAAAAUUGACAUAGACAAUAAAAAAGAAUAAAUAAAAAACACAAAAUUAAUUUAAAUUAAAGAAGUUUUUAUAAGAGUUAAAAAAGUGUUUUGUGAAAAUGUCUGAGGAAAAGUCACCAGUGCCGGUGGAGGGUCUGAAGCCUAAUGAAACAUGGAGGAUCAUGAAGAAUGUGGUGGUCAUCAGCUUGGCUUUUAUGGUGCACUUUACAGCCUACAGUGGUGCAGCUAACCUUCAGAGCUCGAUAAACGCAGAGGCGGGGCUGGGUACCGCGUCACUAGCUGCGGUCUACGCUGGCCUCAUUUUCUCAAAUAUCUUCCUUCCUGUUGUAGUCAUAAAAUGGCUAGGCACAAAAUGGGCGAUUUCCCUGUCAUUCAUCACAUACAUGCCCUACAUAGCUGCCCAGCUGUACCCUACCUUCUACACAAUGAUCCCUGCUGGGUUGAUCGUGGGUCUAGGAGGCGGGCCGCUUUGGUGCGCCAAGUGUACCUACCUGUCUGUGGUAUCUGAAGCCCACAGCAAGUUAUCCAAUAUUUCAGCCGAAGCUCUGCUGGUGCGUUUCUUGGGCCUGUUCUUUAUGAUCUUUCAAAUGAACCAAGUUUGGGGCAAUCUCAUUUCUUCACUUGUGUUAUCAUCCGGGAACAAUACGGCAGCAGUAACGGCAGUGAAUGAAUCGAUGAUCCCAGUUCUAUGUGGUGCCAACUUCUUGCCCAGUGCUGAUGCUGGAGAAGCUCUGCCAACACAGCCACCAGAGAAAAUUCAGAUGAUCUCAGGAAUAUACCUCGCCUGUAUGGCUGGGGCAGCGCUCAUUGUAGCUGUAGGCGUUGACUCUAUGAAGAGGUACGAUUCCGGUCGUUCAGGGUCUGGUAGCGGUCUGUCAGGUAUGGCUCUCCUGGCUGUCACCUUGAAACUGAUGGCGGAACCCACACAGUUACUGCUCGUCAUUAUCAAUAUCUUCAUUGGACUGCAGCAGGCCUUCUUUGGAGCUGAUUUUACUGCUGCGUUCGUGUCGUGUGCUGUUGGUACCGGCUCAGUAGGAUUUGUCAUGAUGACGUACGGACUAUCCGAUGCUAUUGGAUGCGUGCUAACGGGAUAUGUGGCGAAGUUAACUGGUCGUCUACCUCUGAUCUGCGGCGCGACGAUAGCCCACGCCGCGUUGUUCACGGCGGUGCUGACGUGGCGGCCUCACGCUGGCGAGGAGUACGUGCUGUACAUCAUUGCCGUGCUGUGGGGACUCUGUGACUCUAUAUGGAUCGUGCAGAUUAAUGCGUACUAUGGUAUUCUAUUCCCGGGAAGAGAAGAGGCAGCCUUCUCCAACUUCAGGCUAUGGGAAUCCGUAGGCUACAUUAUAGCCUAUGUCAUCUCCCCAUAUCUUAGGACUAGUGCCAAAACCUACCUCAUCUUCGGCAUGAUGAUCGUUGGCGUAGCUUGCUACUUCAUAGUGGAAUACCAGCAGCAUAGAAACAAAAGGGCAAUGGAGAAUAAAAAGAAGGAUUUAUGUUAUAUUACUAACACCAAGGGUUGUGACAAUAUCGCCUUUCAUACGGUGGAAUAAAGUUUACAUUAGUGUAUUUUUAUUUUGGG